AUGGCUGCUGUACCACUUCCAACCAUGAAUAACGACGACAACACCAGAUCACGUCCACCCAAGCUGGCCAUCACCUCCAUGUCCGCUGCUUCGUCCCCCGCUUCAGCCGCCUCGCCCAUCUCGAGUGCGUCUACACCCACAUCGACACAUCAACUGGCCAUGAAGCCUGCCGCUCCGGGCACUAUGUCCGCCAAGAUACCUACCCUCGCAGUGACCGGUGCCAUGGCUUCAAAGAGCUCUAUCACCAGCAAGGAAUGGGUCAUCCCUCCGAGGCCAAAGCCCGGCAGGAAACCUGCAACGGACACCCCACCGACUAAGCGCAAGGCCCAGAACAGAGCAGCUCAACGUGCUUUCAGGGAGAGGAGGGCUGCCCGUGUUGGCGAGUUGGAGGAGCAGCUCGACGAGAUACAGGACGAGCAUGAGCGCCAGCAGGAAGGCCUUCGGCAGCAAGUGCAAAACUUAGAUGCCGAGGUGCAGUCCCUACGCAGCAGAUGCGUUACCCUUGAGGAUAUGCUGGAAAAGGAACGCACGGAGCGCAGCAAGAUGGCAAAUGAACUUGAGUCUUUCAGGAGACGUUGGCGAGAUGAAGGCUCCAGCAUCUCGUCGAGGAAUGGAAGUCAUUCCUCGCACCAGGGUCGGGCCCCGGGCUCAAUAGGCAUGGCCGCUCAACUCCAACAGCCUAGAGGCAGUCUGGCUAGCAAUACAUCUGAGUACCGCAACUCUACGACGGCCUUCUCUAUCUCCCAGAUCAUCUCACCUCCCGACACAUCAAGCAUGUCAGGUCACCUACAACAGUCUUCAGCCGAUACGACAGGAUGCGGCAACUGUAAAGCAGACGGUCCGUGUGCUUGUGUCGAUGAUGUACUAGCCGCUGGGUGCGGAAAGUGCAGUCUGGGUACUAGGUGCGAAUGCCUAGAGGCCGCCCUUGGCGGUGCUGCUAUCAAUUCCGAAGUUGAUCUCAAACGGAGACCGUCAUCGAUAUCGGCUUUGGCGCCAGACGAGAAGAGACAGAAGUCUGACCCGUAUCCCAAUGAGAUUGACUUCACAUCCAUGUUCUCUUCCAAGAAGAAAGACAUCACUACAGAGCCACCUAUAUAUCAACCUGUCACGCAGCAGGCCAUUCCACCACGAGACUCUUGCGGCUUUUGCACAGAGGGAACGUAUUGUAUGUGCGCCGAAGCUGCUGCAUCACAGACCCUUGCUCCUAUGGGCUCGCAGGUCCAGACGCCGCCCCCUUCAGAAAACGAUGUUGGCCCACCUCCCAUGGAGGUGACCUCGACUGGUGCCAUCAAGCUCCCAAGCAUCAACUCGUUGAAUCGUACUCCUAUUCAGCCCGUUCGCAAGCCUGGUGGUUGCGGCCCCAAUGGACCAGGUACUUGCACUCAGUGUCUCGGGGACGCCAAAUCAGGAUUGUUUUGUCGCAGUCUUGCAGCCAAUUUUGCGCGCGGCGAGACACAACCCAGUGGUGGAUGCUGCGGUGGCUCGGGUGUGUCAGGGUGUUGCAAGUCUACCAACCCAACAGGACCACCGCCUACAAAUGCACCACCGCUUGGCCUCAGCCUAUCAUGUGCGGACGCGUAUAAGACCUUGUCGAGUCAUCGCAACUUCGACAGAGCAGCCGAUGAGAUCGGAAUGUGGCUGCCAAAGCUUCGAGCGGUCCCCAAGGAAGCAAACCCAGCAGCUAGACUACCUAUAGAGGUAGAGACAGCAAGCAUAAUGGGCGUCUUGAAGGAGUUCGAUGUACGUUUCGGGAGAGAAGCUUGA